UUUUAGCUAGUAUUGGAGAUGAAGCUCCAAUUUUAUUCAAACAAAGAAUUAACAAAAACAUUAUAAUUUCCCAUCUCCUCUGUUUCAUUCUUUCACAUGCUUAGGAAGAAAGGAGAUAGAGAUAGAUAGAGAGAUGACCCCUAACCUCUCUCUUUCUCGCUGCUUAGCCAUCUGCGUAUUAUUCUCAAUUUGCCGACUGGCCUAUUCCUGGCCAAAACCAGUGGCCAUCGCACCGCCACUCCCAAUCCUUCCUCUCCCGUCAUUUUCACAGCUCAAAUGGCAGCGAAGGGAAAUCAUAAUGUUCCUCCAUUUCGGCGUCAACACAUUCACCGAUUCCGAGUGGGGCACCGGAAAGGAAAACCCGGCUAUCUUCAACCCCGUCGGCCUCAAUGCCGGCCAGUGGGUUGAUGCAGCGGUGCACGCCGGAGUCUCCUUGAUGAUCCUCACGGCUAAGCACCACGACGGCUUCUGCCUCUGGCCAUCCAAGUACACUGACCACUCCGUCGCCGCCAGUCCCUGGAGAGGCGGCCGUGGCGACGUGGUUGCUGAGCUGGUGGCCGCCGCCAAGUCCCGCGGCGUAGACGUCGGCCUCUACCUCUCGCCGUGGGACCGCCAUGACCGUAGAUACGGCCGGAAUAAGGCUUAUAACGAGUACUACUUAGCCCAAUUGCAAGAGCUUCUCAACAAAUACGGGAGCGUGAGAGAGAUAUGGUUUGACGGAGCAAAGGGAGCGAAUGCGCUAAACAUGUCCUACUACUUCGGCGACUGGUUCUCAAUGGUGAAGGAGUUGCAAAGCUCCAUCAACAUCUUCUCCGACGCCGGUCCCGACGUCCGCUGGGUCGGAAACGAAAGGGGCUUCGCCGGAAAAACCUGCUGGUCUACCAUUAAUCGCACCGCCCUGUCGAUCGGAAACGGAAGCAUUGUUGACUAUCUCAACACCGGCGAUGAGAGAGGGACCGAUUGGCUGCCAGCGGAGUGCGACGUAUCGAUCCGGACCGGAUGGUUCUGGCAUAAAUCGCAAUCGCCGAAGAGUCUAAGCAAACUGCUCAAGAUUUAUUACAACUCCGUCGGCCGGAACUGCGUGUUGCUACUAAACGUCCCGCCUAAUUCCACCGGCCUCAUAUCAGAGACUGAUGUACAGAGAUUGAAAGAGUUUAGAACUGCAAUCGACACAAUUUUCACCGUCAAUUUGGCGGAGAAAUGCUCUGUAAGAGCCAGUAGCCAAAGAGGAGGCGACGGCAGGGGAUUUGGGCCGGAAAAUGUGUUGGACGGCGACCAUCUCUGGACCUAUUGGGCUCCGACCGCUGAAAAUGAAGGAGACCAAUGGAUUGAGUUCAGAUCAGAGGGUGAUGAGCCGCUCAGGUUCAAUGUGAUCAGGAUUCAAGAAGCGAUCGGACUAGGGCAGAGGAUCAGGCGGCACGAAGUUUACGUCGACGGCCAGCGCGUGGCGAUUGGGACCACCGUAGGGUACAAGAAGCUUCACAGGCUCGAAAUGGGAGAGGUGAAGGGGUAUAGAGUGAAGAUCAGGAUAACUGAAUCAAGGGGGUUGCCUUUGAUCUCCUCCAUCGGUCUCCAUUUUGAUCCCUUCUGGCAUCCAAAGCCCCUGGGACGAUGACUUCCAAACAGGUUGACAUCAAUUUUAAGGAUAGGAGUCGUGGUAACGAUGCUACUACACUUGCUUUAGUCACGCUCCAGCUACAGCAUAUACAUCUCAUCUCAUGGGCUUGAGUAUAGGGAGGUUUAAUGUUCAUUUCGUAUGUGA